GUGUGUGAGGUUCAAAACUAUUCUUUCCUCAGAUCAGAGAGCAAGGACCUGGAUUCUUUUUGCCUUCCUCUACAGUAGUGUGUUGCUGGUUGCCUGGCGGUAUCAUGGAGGCACAGCUCACUCAAGCCCUUCUCUGCCGCUGAUGAGGCAUCAGGCAACAGCAGGGUUGGCCUAGCCCAUUCCCAGACUUCUGGCUGAGACCCUUUGGUCUUGAAAGGACCAAGAUAUUUUGCCUAACCAAGUUGCCAGACCCAGUACUUGGGUGAAAUCUGAUGGUGUCUGAUUGCCAAGCCAGGGCACUGGUCAGCCCCCGGCUCACCACCCUCAGACACGUGCGCACACAGCCGGGCCAAGAGGGGAAAUGAAUCAUUUGCAGUGGGAGACCACGAUUGCAGGAUUCUUAUCUUGAAAACGAACGUGCACAUCUUCAGGAGCCUGGCAAGGAAACACCAGCUGGAGAAAGAACAAUGGAAAAUUGUACACAGACAAGUGACAACUGCACAGGAAUUCCCUCCUCAGUCAGCAAGAUACCUCUGGUUGCUGUUUACAGCAUCGUUUUUGCCAUAGGCCUUCCAGCAAAUUGCUUAACUUCCCUGCUUACAUUUCAACAAAUCCGAAAGAAUAAAGUAAUUGCCGUCUACCUUUUCAGUUUAUCGUUGUGUGAGCUGAUGUAUUUAAGUACUUUGCCUCUCUGGAUUAUCUAUGUGAACAAUAAGCAUCGGUGGACAAUGGGCGAAAACACUUGCAAAGUAACAGGAUUCAUCUUUUUCUGCAACAUAUACAUCAGCAUUCUGCUUUUGUGCUGCAUUUCUGUGGAUCGUUAUGUAGCAGUGGUGUAUGCUCUGGAGUCAAGGGGGAAAAGAGGACAGAAAAAGGCAUUCGCAAUAGUGAGUUGUGUCUUCGCUGUGGUUGCAAUAAUCUACAGUCCUACAUUUUACAUGGAAGACAACAAUACCGAUAAGAUCUGCUUUGAGACUUUGCCCCUCAACAUAAAAUUGGCUUCUUUAAACUUUGCCAGAUUCCUGUUUGGAUUUGCCAUACCUUUCACAAUCCUGAUUUUCACAAACUACAAAAUUUUCCAAAGUACAAAAACAAGCAGCAGCUUGACAAGUCGCCAGAAAGCCAAAGUGAAGUAUCUGGCUAUCGCCAUUAUUGUCAUUUUCCUGAUCUGCUUUGCUCCCUACCAUGUGGUGCUCUUAAUAAGAUCCACAUACUUUUUGCUUCAUCAGAAUUCCUCAUGUCCAUUUGAAAGAGAGAUAUAUACAACUUUUACAGUGUUUCUGUGUUUAGUCACUGCAAACAGCAUUGCCGAUCCAAUCAUCUACGUGCUGGUUAGUGAAAACAUCAGAAAAGAUUUUUGUAGGACUCUGAGAAGAUGGAGAUUGAACUCAUCCAUUAACCAGAAGACAGACAGCAUAAAAUUGAAAAUGUCAAAAGAAUCACAGGAAGGAGGGCUAAGAGAAGAAAACAAAGAAACGCCGCAUUCGUCUGACAUUGAAAAGACCUGUAGUAGUGGCAAAGACCAAGAAGGAGGCAGCUAGCAGUUAGCUGCUGGCACAAAUAAGGAGCUCCCGACACCAGCUGCGGGCCGCAGACUGCAGCACACAAGUAUUUACAUGCUGACAUCCGUAGGAAGUUUUGCCACAGUGCAUGGGCCAGCAGCUCCUUGAGGACGCUACCGGAGCGACACUUCUUAUUUCUGUUUGUCUCCUACGAUAAAGCUUGCCCACCACUAUUGCUGGUGAAAAUAUUGCUUUGCUAAGGACGUGUGGAAUAAAUUAAGUAAUUUACUUUGACUCAGCUUGAAAUCUUAAAAGCUUAUUUUUUGGACUGGCUCUUUUCCUCCUAUGAAUUCAGAACCAGUUUUAUCUUCUGAGAUGGACAGAAAAAAAAAAACCUGCUGGCAAGAACAAUGUAGGGCCCAUUCUUAUGGUCAAAAUUUUUAGUUCUUGAGGAGGUACAUGUUCAGAUUCUCAUACACGUACUCUGUUGUUAAUGUUUGUUGUUAACCAGUGGAAAAUAUUAAAAAUGAGGAAGUCUUUCAACAAGAGCCUUGAAAAUGUUCGUAAUACUUCAGUAUGAAGCUUUAUCUGCCUUGCACAUCCUGGGGAGAAUAAAAGGGCAAAACAGUGGCCUGGUAACACAGACCAACAUUGACUGUAUUAGUCAAGACCCUGCACUGUCUUGAAAUUCUUAAAAUGUACAAUUCUAAUGCUUGGCAUUUUACAAUUAGUGGAUUUUACUUACUUUGCAGUUAAAUCUGGAAUGCACUGAAAUACAGAGAAAAUUUAUACAUUUCCAAGUGCUGUCAUGGACUGUUUUUAUGCCAUCUCCAAACAUUUGUUGAACUUAUGUUUCAUUUCUGACUAAGCUAACACUUCCCUUUUGGUAUUGAUCCAACUUUUAGUGUGUAGGAGCUUAUACAAGUGUUAAGUACCUUACUGACAAGGAAGGGAUGGCAGCACAGAGAACACAGUCCCUUCUCCCCAUAGAUGGGAACUCCCUGGGAUGUGCUGGUGGUGCAUACAUGAGACUAUGCUGGGGCAGAUUUCGUUAUUGCUGCUGCCACUUUCGCUAUGAAUAAAUUAUUGAUGGUAGUUUCCUGUGCCUUCAAACCAGAAAUUAAAAAAUAAGAGUGAUACAAAUUUGGCAACAUUUAUUUACACAGCUUCUUCAUAUUUGUAUGUGAUCAAAGUAAAAUGGACAAAGAUCAUUAAUUCGUUGGCUGCUUAAUUGAAUAUAAGUUUGUAAAGUCUUUCUUUAAGCGUCAUUCUGCUUUAUCUGUAAUGUUGUACUUCAGUAAUAUUGUUAAAUUGUUGUUAAUGUUGACAUUUCUGAAUUGAACUUACAUUAUAAAAUCAUUUGGUAGGAAAAGACCUUUUAAGAUCAUUGAGGCCAACGGUACCUGUCCUUUAUUAAACCAUGUGUCCAAGCACCUUGUCUGCCCAUCUUUUAAAUACCUCCAGGGAUGGGGACUCAACCACUUCCCUGGG